AUGCUUUCGCUGGGGACGACAUUCGACAGGGAGCUGAAUCCUUUGCCCAUCGGUUAUGCACUCCAACUUUCAUCGAACUUACCUCUGAAACUUUGCUUGGAUCUUCAAUCCGGGUUUGGGGAUGCCAGUGAGGACGAAGAUGCGGGUGUUCCAUUGCAGUGGGACAUCGUUCGAAAACUCAUCUCGCAAAUCCCCCGCACCUCCCACCUUGCUGUCCGACUCUUUUGGUAUCAUGCAGAAGCCUUCAUCUCUGAGCUCAUGCAAGAGGCUCCAUUGCUCGUGCACAUGGAGAUUGAUGGCGAAUAUGGCUAUAAUUCUGUGAUUCUAUGGACUCCGACGUCCCCGCUGUCGACAUAUGGGCUGGAGUUGUUGAAUAACCUCAAGAUCAAUGGCAAGCACGUUCGCGAAGAUAUCCAACUCGAGAUGAAGUGUCCGGCACUGUAG